AUGUACAAAACGAGCGGAAACACUACGAACCUCUUGGAUCAUCUUAAGCGGUCGCACCCUUUGCUUAUUGAACCCACAAAGUCUGACCCCACACUAGAAGGCUAUUUUCCAAAAAAAUCCAAUUCCACCUAUGAAAGCAAUUCCUCGCGGAAAGCAGAACUGGAUUCAGCUCUCGCAAGAAUGAAUGCUUCGGAUAUACAACCGUUUCGUAUAGUCGAAGACAAGGGGUUUAGGGAGUUCGUGCAGUGUCUGGACCCGCGGUAUAAAUUGCCAUCCCGACCUACUAUUCAAAAUGUUCAUUUGCAGAAAAUAUUUGAUGAUUUGGAGAAAAAAUUGCAAGCUAACCUUAAUAAUAUCGAUAGCUGUGCUAUAACUACAGAUGGUUGGUCAUCAAAGGCGAAUGAAAGCUAUAUCACCGUUACGUGCCAUUUCAUAGACAGCGAAUUUAAAUUGCGAUCGGUUGUUUUAGGGACAUCGAAGCUUGCAAAUGAACUGAAUCACUCAGCUGAAAAUAUUUCACAAUCACUGCGUGAGUGCCUAAACAAAUGGAAUAUACUUGAAAAAGUUAACUACGUGGUUACAGACACCGCUGCUUCAAUGCUUAAGGCUUGCGAACUUCUUGAGAAAAAAAAUUUACCCUGUUUUGCACAUUCCAUCAAUCUUGUAGUGCAAGAUGCUUUGUCGACGGAAAAGGUCAAAGUAAUUCUAACAAAAUGCAAACGUAUAGUGGCCUACUUUAAAAGCAGCACUAUUGCUUAUGCAAGAUUAAGGAAGGAGUAG